AUGUCGAGUUACAAAUGGAGUGACUUGGUUGAUAUAAAUUCGAAGACAAGAUCUUACACAUCUCGUUUGGCAUGCAUUGCCCAUAUUGACGUAAACGCCUUUUUCGCUCAAGUGGAACAAAUACGGUGCAACUACGGACGAGAUGAUCCUGUCGUGUGCGUUCAGUGGUCGUCUAUUAUAGCCAUUUCAUAUGCGGCGAGAAAGUACGGCAUAACAAGGAUGGAUAGUAUCCAAAACGCGUUGAAGAAAUCGGAUAAAAUCAUUCCCAUUCAUACCGCAGUAUUCCGUAAGGGAGAAGACUUUUGGCAAUAUCAUGAUGGAUAUGGAAUAUGGAACGAAGACAGUUCUAAGCAUAUCACCCCUGAACAAUUUAAAGUUUCUUUGGAUCCAUAUCGUAGGGAAAGUCGAAAAAUCCUGAAAUUGGUUCAUGAGUACUGUGACCUCGUGGAAAAGGCGAGUGUGGACGAAGUGUUUGUGGAUUUGGGUCGUCUUUGUUUCUAUGCUUUGCUGUUCGAUGAAUCUAUCUCGGGCUUCGGAUCGUUGCGUGAUCAAUUUCGGAAUGGAAAUUACGAAUUAGACGAUUACCUGCCACCAGUGCCUCUGGAUCUAAGUUUGGAAUAUAGUGGACUUGUCUACGGAGCUGACAUCGAUCCUCAAUCGACAGAAGUAACUUUCAAAGACUGGGAUGAUGUGAUCUUCUGUCUAGCUUCUCAGAAAACUCAAGAAAUUAGAGAUCAAAUCGAAGCAGUUCUUGGUUAUACGACUUCUUGUGGUAUAUCGAGAACAAAAACCUUGAGCAAAAUUGGCUCCAAUUUCAAAAAGCCGGCUGCGCAAACAAUUAUUCGAAAUUCAAUGAUUGAAGACUUUUUAGACUAUGAGGGUGUAGAAUUGACGUCUUUUUGGAGUCUCGGAGGUACCACCGGAAAGGAGGUUUCCCAACUACUUUCUGUUCCACAAGAGUUUCCUUUGAGAUAUGUAAGAGAUUCCUGGCCCAUAUCAUGUGAGGAACUACGACAGUACAUGAAAAAGCGCUUAUCGGACAUGAAUUCAAGCGGCGUCACGUUUCAAACUGUAGAUGAGGCCCAAAUCUCUUCACUGGCAGAUAAAAUAUUCAAGCUUGUUCGAGGAGAUUUGAAAACAGCGGUGAACUCGAAGCCAAUGAUAAAGUCUAUGAUGUCCAACAAAAAUCUUAGAGGUGAUUCAUGUAAGCACUUUUCAGAUUGCAUGGCGUGGCUUGAAGUAUUUAGCGGGGAGUUAAAUGGGCGCAUUCACGAAAUGGAACAAGAACAUGGAAUGCACUUUGUGCCGAAAACAUUAACAGUUUCAACGCGAUCCAAAACGUUUGAAAGGCAUAGCCGAAGUGCUCCUAUGACAUUCAAUGGCUCACACUUGCAUAGCAAAGACAUCCUCGAGCUUGGGACUCGUUUGAUAAAGGACUUGGAUUUGAAAUUUGGUCAAGCAGACUGGUACUACCCUUUGACUAACGUGAAUAUGUCGCUUUCAAAUUUCGAAAUCGUCGAGGCUGGCCGCAGCAUAAUUGAUAUAUUUGGUCGGCAGGCACAAGUAACCAAGACCGAUGAUGGAAUUGUACCGGAUGGUACUACGGGGAAGGCAUCAUCUAUUUCGCCUUCGAGGGCUUCAAGAGCCGUAGACGUUAUCAACUCACAUUUCGAAUGCGAGCCCUGUGGAAAGACAUUUGAAAAUGAGGAAGCAUUUCGAGAACACAGCGAUUAUCAUUAUGCUCUCCAACUAGAGCAAAGUUACAAUGGUGCCAAAGAAGAUUCCACGAGCCUUUCUUAUGGCGAGCGCAGGCUACUCUUUUCCAGCACAAAGCGUGCCGCCUCUGUGGCGACUGCAACCUCUAAGAGGCGAAAGGAUAACAUUUCCAGGUCAUCAAAAAAGGGUAACAUGGAUAUUUAUAAGUUUUUCUCAAGGUAG